UGAGCGAUGAUCCCCGCCCACAGACAGCGAUCUCCGGCGCUCAUCCACACAUCUGACGGCACUCGUGUUUGCUCAUGUGUUGAAUCUGCUGGCUAUUACAGUGGGGCUUUUUAUUGCUGUUUAGCUUCUAAACGGCUGACUUUGACAUUAUACAUAUAUGAUCUUUAACAGUGAAAUGGACAGAAUUCCCCGUCCGUCCACACCCUGAUGCGAGAGUCUGAGCUCAGACCGGAGAGGAAGGCUCUUAUUCGGUCAGAUGGCGUGCCGCAGUCCGCCCACGCGUUUCUCGCGCCCACACAGGCAGCGAAAGGAGCGUCAUUAACUCACCGCUACUGCCAGCACAGCAGAGCACAGCCGAGACAAAAGAGCACACGAGUUUCAACCAUAUUUUACUUCAAUCUCACAUCUGUAGAAUAAGGUCUAACAAGCACAGAAAACAAAUGAAUUUGGCUACGCGUCAGAGGCGUAAAGAUACGAGUCUAAUAGUAGAAGUAAAAGUUUGACUGAUUUUGAGUUGAGUUACAGAAGUGAGAUCCCGAUAGACUCGGUCGUGUCGGUCACUGGAAGCUGAAGUGUUCUGCUGGAUCCUGUCCUGGGUUCUGUCUCUAACCUCCCGAGCCGAGCAUUAGGAUGUCACUACCACGGACGCUGGGUGAGCUGCAGCUCUACAGGGUUUUACAAAGGGCCAACCUGCUGAUGUACUACGACACCUUCAUCCAGCAGGGAGGAGAUGAUGUCCAACAGCUGUGCGAGGCUGGCGAAGAGGAGUUUCUCGAGAUCAUGGCACUAGUUGGCAUGGCCACAAAACCCCUGCACGUGCGGCGCUUGCAGAAAGCUCUGCGAGACUGGGCAUCAAACCCAACGCUGUUCAACCAACCCCUGGCCACCAAUGUGGCCCCCUGUGGAAUCCCCCUCCUCAGGAUUGACGGCACCAGCAUCGCUGGCUCAGGGGUUAUGGGUGCCAGAAAAUCUUUAAGCAAUGGUCAGCCAGGCUCUCCGUGUGAAAGAGAGGAAGUAGGAUCUUGCCUUACGCCGCUCAGAGAUAACAGUCCAAAGAGCCCUUGCUCACAAGCCUCCCCUGUACCUCCAGACCAUCUGUACAGAGAAAAACUGUCCCCCAUGGAUCCUCACUGGCUUAGUCCUGAAAUGUAUGGAGCCGCCGAGUUAGAUGAAGAGCAGCCCAUUACCGCUCUGCCUUUCGCUUGCCACUCACGUCUUCUUGGUCCUCCGACUCCAACUUCUUCUUCAUCCCCCUCCACUACGACCUCUCCGUGGCCCGGAGGUCAGCUGGACCCAGAGACGGUUAAAGCCGUGGAGGAAAGCGUCGAUAGGCUUCUGAGAACCAUGCCGCAAGCAGAUCAAACCGAGGUCAAGACGCUUCUGAGACUCAAUAAGAAAAUGGCCAAGACGGUGGGACACAUCUUCCACCUGGAAGCUCAAGACAAGAGCAAAGAGGAAGAGAUUCGCAAAUACAGCCUGAUCUAUGGCCGCUUCGACUCCAAGAGGAGGGAAGGGAAACAGCUGACCCAUCAUGAGAUGCUCAUCAAUGAGGCCGCAGCUCAAUUCUGCAUCCGUGACAAUGCUCUGUUGUUACGUAGAGUUGAACUGUUCUCUUUAGCACGACAAGUGGCGAGAGAAUGUGCCUACACGUCAACAUUUAAACAUAACAGGACAUACUCCGAUGAUUGUGCUGCCUCUGUUGACUGUUGUGCUCAGAAGAGAAUCAAGCUUGAUGUCACAGAUGCUGACAGACUGUCUAAAGAUCCAGUAGCUAACAGUGACAACAGAUCUACAGCGGAUGACAACAGCCUCUCUGGAGAGAGUCUAGACAGUUUAACACAAGAUAUCAGCCCUCAGUUGCACCCCUCGUCAUCCCCUCACCCCCUCACCGACAGCACUGGCCUCAUCACCUGGAGUCGCCAGCUCAUGCAACAAACGCUCAUGGAUGAGGGCCUCAGAUUGGCUAGAAUGGUGUCACGUGACCACGCAAGCAAAGUCAGCCUAGGGUCAGAAAAGAGACAGAUUUCAGAGAUGGAGGAGAAAGAGUCAGAGAGGAGAGGAUCAAGUAACAGAAGCAGCAGUCCAGCAAACACCAAAGACGACCCAUAACUAACAGUCUGCAAGUCUCCGUGUUGAACUCAGGUUGGAUAUCACGUCUAAAUGAAGACGUGGUGUUCAGUUCGCUAUGUUAAAUAGUCCUGCUCUGUAUCACUUGUGUGUUCUGUUUAGCAGAAAGUUAUUUUCUUUCUUUCCAAAUGAAAUUUGAAGCACAUACAGAUUAGUGCAAGCAACGAGUGUCACAACAAAUACAUUUCAAAGAUACUUCGACUAACCAGUAAAUCAGUAAAAAGCUUCAAUGGUGCUAAUUUAGUGUCAGCAAAUUCUGGAAUGAAAUGGCAUCUGCAUCCAUUACCCAAACCUUAAUUUAUACGGAUAGAUGACAUGCCUCUCGUUCUAAGCGGAGCUGAGACAUUGGGAUGUAAGUCUCGGUUCUGAAGAAGUUCUAGCAAAAGUUUGGGAGGAGCAUGUUUAUUUAAUCCAACUAAUCACAACGCUAGAAUAAAUCUAUAUAUAUAAACUGCUCAAAGACUUUAUUAUGUACAGUGUGCAAAACACAUCUACAAGUUUUGGAUUAUAUUAACAUGUGAAAUUCUGAAUGUGACUAUAUAAAGAACCCUGACACUAGUAACGUGCUGAUGCAGUUUACUAUAUUAAUAUAUUAUCAACGCUAAAUGCACACAUUAGAUUUCACAGGUUACGAAAUGUAAAUUAUUCAAAUGAAUCAUGGGUGGUGGGGGGGUGUAUUUUCAGUGUUUAAAGGUUGAAUGGCUAAUGGAUUUGCAAGAAUUGUGUGUUACAUCGCUAGGAAUAUACAUGUGGCCUCUUCAAUGACAGAUUAUUUAUUUUUUAAUUUCUCAAUAAAUUAUAUUGUAAUGUUUCUCCUGUUUACUUCUCUAGAAUGUUACUUUUAUUUUGCCAACAGUGUAAAAAUAGAAACGUGUGCAUUACAACAUGCAGACUAUUGCUGAUUUAUUCUAACUUUUAUUCAUCCUCUGCUUUUGUCCAAGGACCUUACAGUAUUAUAUGUGAAAAUAUAUGUUUCUGUCUCAUCUGUGACACGGUUCUACCGCCCACACUUACCCUAGUCAUCUCAACAAACCAGGACAGAUGAUGCCUGUGAUUCACUAGCCAUCAUCAUCAUCAUCAUCAUCAUCAUCAUCAGUCUCACAGAUGGGCAAGUGUUUGGGAAAACUGUCUGAAAAAUGUAGUAAUAGUUUCAAUUCUGUUUGGUGCCACUCUAGUGGCUAAUUCACUCAUGAAUCAAUGGCUAAUCAAUAAAUUGAUAUAUUGAUUUGA